UUUAUUUAUUUGUAGUUUCAAUAAUCUCUAAGUUACAUUAUCAUCGGAUUACUCAAACUAUUGGAAUAAAUUAACCAAUAAGUACACUAUGCGGCGAGACGCUUCCGAUAUGGUUGGCUAGCUACCGGACUCCGGACGCCAGUUGCUCGGCGGUUAGUCCCUGGCCCCGGUUCGACCCCCACACACGUCCAACUUACUUCAAACUUUAAUUCAACGUGCAUGUAAAAUAACAUCGUUCGGAAAUUUAUAAACGUUGGCGUAACCAGUUUUAGAAUAUUUGAUAAUACAUUUUCAGUACAGAGUUUGAGUUUAACGGUCGAGUUCACAGUUUGAUAACAAACAGUUAUUUUUAUUGUUAAGUUUUAACAAUAUAAUAAGUAAAAUAAAACUUAUUUUUUAUGUCUUAAGUGUAAUUGGCAUAUAAUUAUUGUGGACUCUAAGAACGUUUGGAUCGCAGUUUGGAUUUGAUUUUCAAGGAUGUGGUGGUUGAUGAAGUUAUCAAUCGUUAUGCAAUGUGUCAACUCCGUACGGAUAACGCACAUGCGUGUACCAGAAGUGAUUCAGUAUGGCACCAAGGACUCCGUCACGCUGGACUGCGACUACGUGACUAGUAACGUGACGGGACUGGUAGUGAAGUGGUUCUUCAAUUACCGGGAGCAGCCGGUGUACCAAUGGAUACCGCCGCAGAAGCCACAAGCAUUGGGGAUAUUAAAAGAUAAACUCGACCUCAACUACAGGGUAUCCCACAAUGCGUACACCCAGCACCGAGCGCUGCGAAUUCUGUCUCCUAGCACAGAUCUCACGGGCAACUACACAUGUGUCGUCUCUACAUUCUUGGCUGAAGACGAGAGGACCAGACCGAUGACCGUAUUUGUGCCAGAAACACGCUUCGACAUGAUACAAGACAGGCUGGACGACGGGUACCUCAACAUCAUUUGUUCAGCUGAAGGAGUGUUUCCAAAGCCGGAACUCAUUAUCUUAGCAGGAAAUAGGCCUUUGAACGCGAAGACCACCAUCAAGCUGCUGGAAGGCCGGUAUACUGCGCUCACCAGCGCCGUGGUCAGGGUCGACGCUUUGCCCCCGACUGUGGAGAUUCUCUGCGACAUGCAAGUGCCGCUCGCUAACUACUUUAGCAGGAAAAGGGAUAUAUUUUAUAGAGAUCCACCUGUCACGCUUCCUGAAUCACCAAAUUCAGUGCACACGCCUGCACCAGAUAGUGGCAUUAAUGUUUCUCCACGAUGGACUAUCAUGGUCUCACUAAUAUCUGUGCUUUUUAUAACAAUACCAAAUUCAUGAUGUAUUUGCUAUUGAUAAUAAAGACUAGCCUAGUAAAUAAGUAUGUAACAUAUUAGUUGAAGAUAAGAACCAAGCUGUAAGAUUAAUGUCGAUAUUUUAAAUUCUUAUGAAGAAUGUAUAUAUUUGUAGUUUAAUAUAUUUUUACUCAAGAUAAUUUCGUGAGAAUAUUUUGUAAAUAAGCCAAAGAUUCUUGUUUGAUAGGAGGCAAGACAGAAAUAAUUUAUCCAAAGAAAUCAGAGUCACUUUGCAAUCCUUUUAAAUAUAUUUCUACUCAUAGUGUAAAACAGUUUUCAAAUAUUUUCAAUCACUGUUAAUAACGAGUUUAGUAUUGUUGACAUUUCUGCCUAAAAAACAACAAUCCAAGAAAAUGAGGAGUUUACAAAUGAAGAGAGUUCUGAUGUGAAUUUAGAAAAUAUACGUUUCAUUGUAUUAUUUUUACCAUGGACUGUGGUAAUUCUGAUAUGUGGGGUUCCGUACCAUUACACAAAAAAGGCAAAAAAAUCACGUUUGUUGUAUGGGAGCCCCACUUAAAUAUUUAUUUUAUUCUGUUUUUAGUAUUUGUUGUUAUAGCGGCAACAGAAAUACAUCAUCUGUGAAAAUUUCAACUGUAUAGCUCAUCUGUCACGGUUCGUGAGAUACAGCCAGGUGACAGACGGACAGACAGCGGAACGGACAGACGGACAGCGAAGUCUUAGUAAUAGGGUCCCGUUUUACCCUUUGGGUACGGAACCCUAAAAA